AUGAAAGUCAAAAUCCAAGAAAGGGUCACAGAAAAGAAAGAAAAUACUUCUACUAAACGACGAUGGGGAAUAAAUGAAGCCAUGGAUAAACUACGAGAAGAAAUGGUUUCUUUGAUGGACCAAGACCUUACCCUGAUGAAACAACUACUGAACCUUAAUGAAACCAUCGAAGAUUUAAAAUGGCAACGAAGCAAUUACUACAGUGGUAGCUCCAGCGAAGAAAGUGAUUUUUCUGUAUCGGAAACGGAGAUGUACGCAGAUUCAUCGGAUAACGACGUACCACAUACGAAGGUGUCGAAAUCCAUAUCCAACUUACAAAACAAGCGACCUGAACAAAAUACCAACGUCAUGGAAGUCAGCAGUUACGUUCAGAAGGCCUCAGUUAUCAGGAGCCACAAAUCUAUUGCAGCGGAAUCGACGAUAACUACCAAGGCUUCUCGUUCAUUAACAAACUUACACAAAGAACACAGUGAAUAUAGAUCUUUUGACUCUGGCAUUAAUGAUACUGAUCAUGUUGAAAUACGAGUUUAG